CAGUAAAACAGACAAGACUAUGGAUCCACUUAAGAAAAUUGAAGAAAUUGAAGAAAACCUUGCAAAAGAACUCUGUUCUUUACGAAAAGAAGUUUUUCGGGAUCAUGAAAAGGAAGGCAUAAUUUUGACAGCAAUGGGUGACACUUACAAAAGGCGGUGCAUCAAUAAGUCAACAGAAAGAGAACAUUAUGUAAAUGCUACAGCUCUGUAUAAUGCUGCUCUUGUACGUCUGGAAAAUGCCCCAGAAAAGGGGCAUAACCAUCAAAGGUAUAGCAAACUUAUUGUGACAUCAUGCGUGCAAAUUGAAACACUAUAUUGUGACAACAUCCUAGGGGGAAAUAUUUACUGUGUGAAAAAAGGCAUUAACCAAACUAAAAUUGACGAUUUGGAAAAAUAUCGACACCAUCUAAAAGUCAGAGUGAAAAGACUUGAAAAGGUUUGGGAUAAAUGCCCAAAACCUGAGGACAAAAGAAAACCUCGAUUUGAACAUAGGAAGAAUCAACUGACUCAGUUAAUCUGCAAGCAGAACACAAAGUUUGUAAAGGAAUUCAGUGCAGAGCUGAUGGAGCAAAGUAUCUCUGUAUGUGGACCACCACCAUGUAAAAUCACCAUGGUUGGCCUUGGCUCUAUGGCAAGAGGGGAAUCAACCCCAUACUCUGACUUGGAGUAUCUAUUUCUCACUGAGAGUGACAAACAUGAUGAAUAUUUCCUCAACCUUCAUUUCCAUUUCCUACUACAAGUGCUGAACCUUGGUCAAACUCCUCUACCAGCUAUGGGUAUUCAGAGUCUGAAUGAUUUCUACAACGAGAAGGAAUCAAAUGACUUUUACGAUGAUGUCACACCAAGUGGGUUCAAACUCGAUGGGAAUAUGCCUUGGGCAAGUAAAACACCUCCAGGUCAUAAGGCAACCGAAUUGAAGCCACCCCUCAAGCUUAUUGGCACGCCAACAUACAUGGCAGAGCUGAGUACAACUGAGGCUGAUAAAAAACAUGGUUAUCACCUGGCAACCAUCAUAUCCACGGCAACAAGAAUCUUGGGAGAUGAGAAUCUAUUUCUUGACUUCCAAAAGCAGAUUAAUACGACUAGGAGGGGUGAAAACCCUGAGUUUAUUAGACAAAUAUGCCUUGAACGAAUGCAUGAAGAUUGUCAGAAGUACAAAUUUAACUUCGAUGAUUGGUCUUCAAAAAAUGUAAAGAAGGACUACUAUAGGUUCCCAUCCACCUUCAUAAACAAUAUGAAAGAUCUACAUAUGCUUGAUGUCACAUCCCCAUGGGAAAUCAUCAGAGAGCUACAGAGGCAAUCUAUACUAACAUCAGAGCAGUGUUCACACCUUUACUUCAUGAUCAACGUUGCCAUAGGCAUAAGAUUGCUUACAUACUGUACAAAGAACCAACAACAUGAAUCAAUAAUUGAACUAAACCCUUACCAUCAAGAAAAUAAUGCAUACUGCAUGGACUCUCUAUCACCAUCUAAAGUCUUGCGAGAAUGUCUUAGGAUUCCACAUAUCAGGCUGAUGCAGAGCUACUUACUGAGAUUACAAAGCAUUAAUUAUUGUAUUAAAUCUGGAAUGGCUACAAAACCAUCAUCAAUGAUUAUGUAUUGCCAAUGCAAAGUGUGUAUAUUGCAGGUCAAAAUAAAGACAUGUAUUGGACCUGAUGAUAUCAUUUAUGAGCCAGAAGAAAUGAUAGAAUCUCUAGAGCAAUCUUGGCAUGUUCUAGCUGGGAAUAUCAGACAGAAUAAUUGUUAUGACCUAGCACAAUUUUGUCGUAUAGUAAAAGGAGACUUGAAAUCAGCACACAUUCUCAUGAAUAAAAAGCCAAUACAAACAAAUAAUAUGACAAAUAAUCUCACAACUCAGGAUAUGUUUGCAGCAAUUUCAAACCUUAAAAUGGGGAAUGAUUCAGCUGCUCUACAACAGACUGAUGCUGCUAUCAAAGUAUGUCCACCAAAUAUUCCUGGUCUUCUUCUCUAUCUGAAGUAUAUUAAACUGCAUUGUCAUAGUAGAUUACAAGACUAUCACAGUGUAGUGCUUUGCUUUGAAGAUAUGACAAAACUCAAGCCUUACAACAAUUUGCCUGAAUAUGAAAGGGCAUAUGUAGGUAAAUUAUACACUGAUGCACUAAUCAAUAUUGGAGAUAAUAAAACUGCCUUGGAAUAUUUACCAAAGCUGAAAGAAGACUAUGCAGAGUUGUUUGGUGAGACAAGUGAGGAAUACAAACAGACUCUUGAAAGACUCUUGACCUGCUAUAUGGUCCUGGGUAGAAUCCAAGAGGCUGAGAAGGUCCAGAACAUGUUGAAAAGAACGAAGUAAUAUUGAAUUUUAAUUGUUACUUGACAUAAUGUAAAAAUGCAAAAUAGUAAAAUCAUUAGCUGGACGAUAUUUGCUAAAA